AUGAACAGAACUACCCAUAAUGACAGAAGAGCUCGAAUUGCCGAAAUAAACAACCUUGCAGCAAAUAUCAAUAGAGCUAGGAUUUUUCCACCUCAUAUUCUAAACCCAAACAUUAUCCUUUCUCUUUUACGCCGUAAUUAUCAACGUCCAAGACGUAAAUAUCAUGGCUAUAAUUUAAUUUACGUCGUUACGAAGGAGGAAGCCAGGAUCAACAAUAGUGUGACAGAUGAUAUUAUUAUUAGGAAUGUUGCUAACGUUUUAUGGAGAGAAGGUACCAGAAAUCAGAAAGAACAAUAUACCUCCCUUGCAAAUGCCGUAAACGACUUAAUUAAGCGUUAA